AUGAACACAUUUGACGACAUUGUAAAGGAAACUGUCGCUGUCACAGGAAAAACCGUUGACGUACCUUCACAACAUCAUUUUGAUACCUACAAUAUUGUUCAAGAUUUGCAAACACAAGGGUUUUCUAAAGAACAAGCAGUCGUGAUUAUGAAAGGUAUGAAGUUCAAGUUACGAGAAAGUGUUGCACAGCUACAUCAAGAAUUGCUAUUGAAGUCAGCACUUGAAAACGAAAGUUAUCUGUUCUCAGCUGCCGUUUCUGAGUUGAGAACGGAAAUUCAAAUGAUGCGGCAAAAGGAUACACAAGCAUUAAAAGCAGAAACUUUCUCAGUGACAAGAGAGGUAGAGGCCCUCGCACAACAUAUCAGAGAGGAUGUCGAUUUGAUAAAAAACGAAAUUGCACUUGAUAUGGACAACAGAAAGAAUGAAACAAGAAGUGAUCAGAAGGAAAUCGAUAUGACUAUUCAGGAGCUAAACAGUAAAUUCACUGUCAAACUAGGCGAAGUUAGAACUGGAUUAGAGUCGACUCGUUGGGAAACAAUCUGGAAAGGAUUAGCGGGGGUAGCUGCUUCAAGCUUAGCUAUUGCUACGAUAGCCUACUUUUUGACUAAUUUUGCGGAGAAACGAGAUCAAGAACAACGAGCACAAAAGUUGAAGAGAAAGAAGCAAAUGCAGGAGGACGCCAGAAGUGCUGGUUUAGUUGACAUGGAUGCUGUUUAUUGA